UAUAAAUUAUAGUAACACUUCAAAUACUAUCUUAUGUGAAUUCUUAUUUUUUUAUGACAUUUUUAUAUUUUAUAUUUUCCAUAGAAAAAUUUUUCAACAUAUAUUGAAAAAAAGAGAUAUUAGUUUUAUAUAGUUAUGAUAAUAGUUGCGUCUGUUUGUAUGUAAUUGAAAAGAGGAGAAACUUUUAUUGUGUCGGAAAUUGUAUAUUAGAUUAGUUUCUUUAAUCUAAUGAUUUAGCUUCCGAUUUUUAUUAUGGACCAGCAUAAUAUUAAUACAUUCGUUGAAAUAACACAAAAUAUGCGCAUGAGCAACGCGUGCAAAAGCGAAGAUUGCAUUGUCACAUUAACCUUUAUUUAUGAUAUGUUUCACUAGAAUGUCGAUAAAUUAGCUUUCGAUAAAAAAUGAGUCUGUCCACCGUGAGUGAUUAUUCUAUGCUGGAAAAGAUUGGCACCGGAAGCUAUGCGACUGUGUACAAAGCAUUUAAGAAGGGUGGGAGUCGAGAGGUUGUCGCUAUCAAGUGUGUGGACAAAAGCUCGCUCUCUAAAUCAGCAAUCGACAAUCUCGUGACGGAAAUCAAGCUGUUAAAUGUCCUUAAGCACGAGCACAUCGUAGAAAUGAAAGAUUUUUUCUGGGAUGAAGGGCAUAUAUAUAUUGUCAUGGAAUACUGUGACGGUGGAGACUUGUCGAGAUUUAUAAAGAAAAAGCAUAAGCUACCCGAAAAUGUUUGUCGCAGAUUUCUACAACAGCUCGCAUUAGCGUUGAGAUAUUUACGCGAUCAUAAUGUUUGUCACAUGGAUCUCAAACCACAAAAUUUAUUGUUAACGAGAAAACCUCAAUUAGUGCUCAAAGUUGGAGAUUUCGGUUUCGCGCAGUAUCUGUCGAAUUCAGAGCACAAAUUCGCGAUACGUGGUUCACCCCUUUACAUGGCACCUGAAAUGCUAUUGAAACAUAAAUAUGACGCUCGCGUCGAUCUGUGGAGCGUCGGCGUGAUCAUGUACGAGUGUCUUUUUGGCAAAGCUCCCUAUUCUAGCAGUAGCUUUCAGGAGCUAGCAGAAAAAAUCAAGGAUAGCCAACCUAUUGAGAUACCAAAGGCGGCUCAUGUAUCGGCGAUGUGUAAGGAUUUACUUAUGGCUCUGUUAAAGCACAAUCCUGCCGAUCGAAUAACAUAUAAUGAAUUUUUUGCGCAUGAGUUUCUGGACUUAGAGCACGCGCCGACAAAAGAAAAUUACGAUAAGGCAGUGGCAUUGGUGCAUAAAGCCGUUGAAAUGGAUGCUGAGAAGAAUGUAAAAGAAGCAUUUUAUUUGUAUUGCGAGGCUCUUAGAUAUUUUAUUCCAAUAUUAACAAACGAAAGUGAUCUAAAACGAAAGGAAAUAUUACGGCAUCGUGUGAACGAUUACAUAAGGAGAGCAGAAACGCUUAAAGUGGCAUUUGUAGACGAUAAGGAUGAAAAGUGUGCGCCAGCUGAAAAUAAAGGAAAUACUUCAUUCUUGCAAAGGAUACCGUCUUUAGAGAGAAGCUCGGCAUUCGCGUACAAUGAAUUACGAAUUCUCAGUAAAAGUACUACAGGUAUGACGGCUGCACUUGAAAUAGGAGAAGCUGGUGAACAAUAUCUUGCUGAGGGUAAUUAUGCCCUGGCUCUAGAAAAAUUUCAAUCUUGUCUAGGUGUACUUGUGCCUUUAUUAGGUAAAGAACCAUUAGGCCGAAGAAGAGAUUUGCUGUAUAAGCAGAUACAGAUUUGGAUGAAGGAAGCUGAAAGUACCAAAGGACUCCUAGCUUCAAAAGAUAUAGAUUCUUCACAACGAACAUCCGAUGAGCAAUGUAUACUACAGUAAUGAAUAAUACAAUGGGGAUGCCAUAGUAAUUAUUUUAUGUAAUUUUCUGCAUUUUGUAACUUAUAAAUUUGCGAUUUCCCACUCUAUCA